AUGUUCUUUGUCGACGAUAAGGGACUGCAAGCUCCAUUAACAGUAAGACGAGCAAUGGCCACGGUCAGGCGGACGAUAUCCCAGGCCUCCAUGGCGCUGCCCUUCCAGCUGCGACUGGUGCACAAGAAAUCCUGGGGCCAUCGGCUAAGGGACUUCAUUUCCCGCUUUCUGAAGUCGUGCAAGCCGAUUGCCAAGUACAUCUUCCCCAACUUCAUUGUGGUGCACUACAUGUACCUGAUUACGCUUACCAUCAUCGGGUCCAUCCUGCUGUACCCGUGCAGGAACACGCCGUACAUCGACGUGCUGUUCCUGGCCGCUGGGUCGUGCACGCAGGGAGGGUUGGCCACCAAAAGCACCAACGACUUCAACCUGUACCAGCAAAUAGUUGUGUACGUGCUCACGUUUCUGUCGACGCCCAUAAUCAUUCACGGGUUUCUGGCCUUUGUCAGGCUGUACUGGUUCGAACGGUACUUCGACAACAUUAGGGACUUCUCCAGGCAAAACUUCAAGCUGAGAAAGACCAUGACACUGCAGCAAAGAGAACUGUCUAGUGGCAGCGGCAACACCUCUCGGAAUAGAAGUUUCAAAGACAACCUGUUUCGUGGGAAAUUCGUUUCCCGGGAAGACCCGCAUGGAACCGCUACAGACAUGCCCAUGGAUUCUCCCGCCGUUUCCUCUUCCAAAAGCGAAUCCUCCUCCCUCGGUAGUCACGGCUCACCCAACCACUUCUCUCGAAGACGCCAGCUCUCUGACGUUGACCCGACAGAUAUUUACAAGUCGAUAAUGAUGCUGCAAGGACAAAACGAAAAGGCCAGCUCAGACUCCACCGCUUCCUCCCACAACGAGCCAAACGGGCCUGCCUUUGUGGUUCAAGAGCGACACGAGAGAAGAUCACCGACGCCACCACCACCGCACGCGGCAGAACGGCAACACUCUUCAUCAACCGUUGGGGAACUGAACAAACUGGCCCAGACCAUGAGCUUUCAGAAAUUGCUUCGCUUGCAGAGAGACGAAGGCGAAUACGACGCCGCCGACGCCUCUCACAAGUCCAUGGUCACCAAGAAAAGGAGCAUAUCGAGGACACAAUCCUAUAAUGCUCCGAGACGUACACCUUCACCGGCACCUGAAACAUCAAGCCAAGUGCGCCAAGAUGACGAGAGCUCGGCACCUUACGAGAAAUCCAAGCCGACUCCUUCAUCUUCCGUUGACGAAGAGGUAAGCUUCUACCCACAAGAGUCUUUAAACUUACAGUUUCAGGCACACCCGCCUAAGCCAGACCGCCGUGGCAGCAAUACGCAACAUCCCUUAACAAGAACGAUGAGCACUAAUUAUCUUUCCUGGCAACCCACGUUUGGCAGAAACUCUGUAUUUAUUGGGCUCACAAAGCAACAAAAGGAGGAACUCGGUGGAGUGGAGUAUCGUGCUUUGAGACUGUUGUGUAAUAUUCUCGUGGUGUACUACAUCGGAUUCAACAUUCUGGCAUUUGUCAUCAUAGUGCCAUGGAUAUGUGCCAGGCACAAGUAUGCAGAGAUUGUCAGGCAAAACGGAAUCUCCCCAGCCUGGUGGGGGUUCUUCAUCGCAAUGAGCUCAUUCACCGAUUUGGGUUUGGCUUUGACCGCUGAUUCCAUGGUCUCUUUUGAUACCGCACCUUAUCCUUUGAUUUUCAUGAUGCUUUUCAUUAUCAUUGGCAAUACUGGGUUCCCGAUCUUGUUGAGAUUUAUCAUUUGGGUAAUGUUCAAAUUCUCGAGAGACUUAUCCCAGUUCAAGGAAAGUCUCGGGUUUUUACUGGACCAUCCGCGCAGAUGCUUUACACUUCUAUUCCCCAGUGCCCCUACAUGGUGGCUAUUUCUAACUUUGAUCGUCUUAAAUGCCACUGAUUGGAUCCUUUUCAUAAUCCUGGAUUUCAAUUCCACUGUCGCUAAGCAAGUUUCUAAAGGCUACAGAGUGCUCAUAGGUCUUUUCCAAUCUGUGUGCACAAGAACCGCUGGGUUUAAUGUCAUUGAUUUAAGUAAACUACAUCCAUCCAUUCAAGUGUCUUAUAUGCUGAUGAUGUACGUCUCGGUUCUACCCUUGGCAAUUUCAAUCAGAAGAACAAAUGUUUACGAAGAACAAUCGUUGGGACUGUACGGUGAUGAACAAGACACCGCCAAUGACACCACUGACGAAGACGGUGCGAAGGAUGAUGAACAAGGUGACGAAAGCGAACAGAACGACGCUACACCACCAAAACCAAAACCGAAAAAAUCGUCCCCAAAAUCGUUUAUAGGCGCCCAUUUAAGAAGACAGCUAUCAUUUGAUUUGUGGUUCUUAUUCCUCGGAUUGUUUAUAAUCUGUAUCUGCGAAAGUCGGCGAAUCGAAGACACCAAUGAACCCGAGUUCAACGUCUUUAGUAUAUUGUUCGAAAUUGUUAGUGCUUAUGGUACGGUGGGCUUAUCGUUGGGUUACCCAAAUACUAAUACAUCGCUUUCGGCGCAAUUCAGUGUAUUGUCUAAGUUGGUAAUAAUUGCGAUGCUGAUAAGAGGAAGAAACAGAGGACUACCAUACACUUUGGAUCGUGCCAUCAUUUUACCAAGUGAUAAAUUGGAACAAAUUGAUCGUUUGCAAGAUAUGAAAGCUAAGGGGAAGUUAUUAGCUCAGGUCGACGAAGAUCCAAUGACUAUUUAUGUCAAGAAAAGAUCUCACAAACUGAAGAAGGCGGCCAAAAGACUCUGGAAAAGACGUUAG